UCUCCUUACAACCUUUGGAGUGUCCGCGCCACGCGCUACCUCACAAUCUUCUUCACGCUCGCCACGUUUGCCUGGUGGGUGGUGCUUCUCGUCGCCAUGUUUGCCACGCCCCCAGGGUUUCACACGCGCGGGUCUGGCUUCUUCUGCUUCAGCUUUGCAAGCCUCGCUCUGGCCAACCUGCUCUUCUCCCUCAUCUUCUUCGCCGUGCCUUCCAAGGCGGUCCGCAUCCUCAGCCUCAUCAUGAGCGGCGUCCUCCUUAUCAACACAGUGCUGCUCAUCUCGGUUGAACAGACGCGACACGAGGAGGGUUGGGUUGGCAUGGUCAGCACUUUGUGGGCGCUUCUCAUGGCUGUCUGGACGCUGGUCACUGACAGACUGGUCGCGUGGGGCAAAUCAGAAGAAGAGCAACGCUUAACCGGACGCGCCGAGACUCGCCGCAGCCUGGGUGAAUGGACUGCAGUCCUCAUCUCCAUCAUCUGCAUGGUCGUCUUUGUCGCUGUCGUUAUUCUAAUGACCUGCACCCUGAUUCUGCGGGCCCUGGAUGCUGGACUGGCUCCCCCCGGCGACUUGUACUGGGUCGAUGGCGAAAAGUACCAGUUGCACGUCUACUGCCAUGGAAACCAGACGGACCACAAGGGCAACAAGCUUCCGACUGUCCUGAUCGAGGGCGGCGAGGGGCCAGUUGAAGAUGGUCUGUGGCAAUUUGCGGACGACGCAAUCAACAACGGGACAAUUUCGCGCUACUGCUUUGUUGACCGUCCUGGUAUCGCAUGGAGUGACACGGCGCCUUCUCCGCUCUCUGCUGGUAUGGCUGUCGAGGUCAUGAGCGAGGCUCUUGCCCGUGCUGGCGAGGAGGGACCGUGGGUCCUGAUGAGCGCUGGCGUCGGGUCCAUAUACUCUCGGAUCUUCUCAGCUCGUCACGGCAAGGAUGUUAAAGGCCUGCUGCUUAUCGACCCUCUCCACGAAGAUCUCCUCGCCGGGACAAUCGGUUCUCCUGGACGAGGCUUCAUGCUAUGGAUCCGCGGUGUACUGUCCCCGCUUGGCAUUGACCGUGUACCCGGAGCUCUCUUCAAGGGCCGUACCAAAGAGGACCGUGUCUGGGGCAGGUCGUCCUAUCAGACGGGCAAGACCAUCUUCAGCAAGCUGCAGGAGAACCUGGUUGCGGGCACACUCUCUAAGCGUGAUGUGGACACCAGCAGGGCAAUCCAGCUCCCCAGAGUACCAUUCAGCAUUGUCAGUUCGGGUGUCGAAAUCCGCAAGAGUUCCGAGUGGGAGGAGAAGCAGCGCGAUCUCACCCACAUCACCGACAAGCUACUUGACUGGGAUAUUGUCAAUCACGCGCCGCACCAAGUUUGGAACACGCUCGAUGGUCGCAAGACCAUUGAGAAGAGACUCGGCACACUAGUGAAGGCCUAA